UCUCCCACUUGCCGGCUGCCCCGGAGCUGCGGAGCUGGGUGCCCUCCUCCAUCUCAUGGCCCUGGCCGGGACCUGACCAUCUUCCCCCGCAAUGAAGACCAUCAUCGCUGCCUACUCCGGGGUGCUGCGAGGCACAGGAUCCAACAUCCUUUCUGCUCUGCAGGAUUUGUUCUGGCUGUCUAAAUCCAAGGUAGAGAAACAACUCCAGAUCAUCUCUGUGCUGCAAUGGGUCCUCACUUUCCUUGUCAUGGGUAUUGCUUGCACUUUAAUCCUGAUGUACAUACUCUGCACAGACUGCUGGGCCAUUGCUGCUCUGUACUUAGCCUGGCUGGUAUUUGACUGGAACACACCAAAGAAAGGUGGAAGAAGAUCCCAGUGGGUGAGGAACUGGGCCAUUUGGAGGUACUUCAGGGAUUAUUUCCCAAUAAGACUGGUUAAAACCCACAACCUGCUGACAACCAGGAAUUACAUUUUUGGCUACCAUCCACAUGGCAUCAUGGGCUUGGGUGCCUUUUGCAACUUCAGCACAGAGGCCACAGGUGUCAGCCAGAAAUUCCCUGGAAUACGACCCUACCUUGCUACCCUGGCUGGGAACUUCAGGAUGCCCAUUUUGAGGGACUACUUAAUGUCUGGUGGUAUAUGUCCUGUGAACCGUGACAGCAUAGACUACAUCCUGUCCAAGAAUGGCAGUGGCAAUGCCAUCAUCAUCGUGGUUGGAGGAGCAGCAGAGUCCCUGAACUGCACCCCAGGGAAGAAUUCUGUGACCCUGAAGAACAGGAAAGGAUUUGUGAAACUGGCACUACGGCAUGGUGCUGACUUGGUUCCUGUCUACUCCUUUGGGGAGAACGAAGUGUACAAGCAGGUGAUCUUUGAGGAGGGCUCCUGGGGAAGAUGGGUGCAGAAGAAGUUUCAGAAGCACAUUGGCUUUGCUCCAUGCAUCUUUCAUGGCCGUGGCCUCUUCUCUUCCAACACCUGGGGCUUGUUACCUUACUCCAAGCCCAUCACUACUGUUGUUGGGGAGCCCAUCACCAUCCCCAAAAUUGACAACCCAUCCCAGAAGGAAGUGGACUUCUACCACAGCAUGUAUGUAGACUCUCUGAUCAAACUCUUUGACAAGUACAAGAGCAAAUUUGGCCUGCCAGAGUCUGAGGUCUUGGAAGUCAACUGAAAGAGACUGUUUCAGCAGCACCAACCACCUCCUCCUCUCGGAAUCAACACAUCUUCUCCAGGAGUCCAAACUGUCAUCAUGUUACUUGAAAGCAUGUCUGGGUGUAUGUGUGUCUCUCAAGGGAAGUGUUUUGAAGCAUUGCUAGAUCACUCAAUAAAACCAAAACACCACCACCAACAAAAAA